AUGAGAGAGUUUGUCAACAUUCUACUGAUACAAAUUCUUACUCUGGUUGCCUUCACCGGGACUGAGAAACUUCCAAAAGCCCCUGUCAUCACCACUCCUCUGGAAACAGUAGACGCUCUAGUUGAAGAAGUGGCUACUUUCAUGUGUGCAGUGGAAUCCUAUCCCCAGCCUGAAAUUUCCUGGACUAGAAAUAAAAUUCUCAUUAAGCUCUUUGAUACUCGGUACAGCAUUCGGGAGAAUGGGCAGCUUCUCACCAUCUUGAGUGUGGAAGACAGCGAUGAUGGCAUUUACUGCUGCAUUGCCAACAAUGGUAUUGGAGGAGCUGCUGAGAGUUGUGGAGCUCUGCAAGUGAAGAUGAAACCUAAAAUAACUCGUCCUCCCAUAAAUGUAAAAAUAAUAGAAGGAUUAAAAGCAGUUCUACCAUGUACAACAAUGGGCAAUCCCAAGCCUUCAGUUUCAUGGAUUAAGGGAGACAGUGCUCUCAGGGAAAAUUCCCGAAUUGCUAUUCUUGAAUCUGGAAGUUUAAGAAUUCAUAAUGUACAAAAGGAAGAUGCAGGACAUUAUCGAUGUGUGGCUAAAAACAGCCUUGGGACAGCAUAUUCCAAAGUGGUGAAGUUGGAAGUUGAGGUUUUUGCAAGAAUUCUGAGAGCUCCUGAAUCCCACAAUGUCACCUUUGGCUCCUUUGUGACUCUGCGCUGUACAGCAACAGGCAUCCCUGUUCCCACUGUCACCUGGAUUGAAAAUGGAAUUGCUGUUUCUUCUGGGUCUAUUCAAGAAAGUGUUAAAGACAGAGUGAUUGAUUCAAGAUUGCAAUUAUUUAUCACCAAACCAGGAUUAUACACAUGUAUAGCUACAAAUAAUCAUGGAGAAAAAUUUACUACAGCAAAGGCAGCAGCCACCAUCAGUAUAGCAGAAUGGAGAAAACCCCAGAAAGAUAAUAAAGGCUACUGUGCCCAGUACAGAGGGGAGGUGUGUAAUGCAAUUCUGGCAAAAGAUGCUCUUGUUUUCUACAACAACUCCUAUGGGGAUCCAGAGGAGGCCCAGGAAUUACUGAUCCACACUGCCUGGAAUGAACUGAAAGCAGUAAGUCCAUUCUGCCGGCCAGCAGCAGAAGCUUUGCUGUGUCACCACAUUUUCCAAGAAUGCAGCCCUGGAGAAGUGCCUACUCCCACCCCAAUAUGCAGAGAAUAUUGCUUGGCAGUCAAGGAGCUUUUUUGUGCAAAAGAAUGGUUGGAGUUGGAAGAAAAGAGCCAUAGAGGACUCUACAGAUCCGGAACUUAUCCCUUCUCCCUGCCAGAAUGCAGCAAGCUUCCCAGCAUGCACUGGGAACCCCUGGCCUGUACAAGACUGCCUUAUUUAGAUUAUAAAAAAGAAAACCUAACAACAUUCCCACCAAUGACAUCCUCAAAGCCGGGUCUGGACAUUCCAAAUUUGCCUUCCUCUUCCACCUCAUCCUUUUAUGCCUCACCUACAUACUCCAUGACUGUAAUCAUCUCCAUCAUGUCCAGCUUUGCAAUAUUUGUGCUUUUGACCAUAUCGACACUUUAUUGCUGUCGAAGACGGAAACAAUGGAAAAAUAAGAAAAGAGAAUCAGCAGCAGUAACCCUCACUACACUUCCUUCUGAGCUCUUGCUAGACAGACUUCAUCCCAACCCCAUGUACCAAAGGAUGCCACUGCUUCUCAAUCCCAAAUUGAUCACUCUGGAGUAUCCAAGGAAUAAUAUCGAAUAUGUGAGAGACAUUGGUGAGGGAGCAUUUGGAAGAGUCUUUCAAGCAAGGGCUCCAGGCCUGCUGCCCUAUGAACCUUUCACUAUGGUAGCAGUGAAGAUGCUGAAAGAAGAAGCCUCUGCAGACAUGCAAGCCGACUUCCAGAGGGAGGCUGCCCUCAUGGCAGAAUUUGAUAACCCAAAUAUUGUGAAACUCUUAGGUGUAUGCGCCGUGGGCAAACCCAUGUGCCUGCUCUUCGAAUACAUGGCCUACGGUGACCUCAACGAGUUCCUCCGCAGCAUGGCCCCGCAGCAGAGCGCCUGCACCCUUAGCCACGGUGACCUGUCCCUGGGCGCGCAGCCUUGUAGCCCUGCGCCCCCGCCGCUCUCGUGCGCAGAGCAGCUUGGCAUCGCCAGGCAGGUGGCAGCGGGCAUGGCUUACCUCUCGGAGCGCAAGUUUGUGCACCGGGACUUAGCCACCAGGAACUGCCUGGUGGGGGAGAACAUGGUGGUGAAAAUCGCUGACUUUGGCCUCUCCAGGAACAUCUACUCGGCCGACUACUACAAGGCCAACGAGAACGAUGCCAUCCCCAUCCGUUGGAUGCCCCCCGAGUCUAUUUUCUAUAACCGCUACACCACUGAGUCAGACGUGUGGGCCUACGGGGUGGUCCUCUGGGAGAUUUUCUCCUAUGGUCUGCAGCCCUACUACGGGAUGGCACACGAAGAGGUGAUCUUCUACGUGCGAGAUGGCAACAUCCUCUCCUGCCCGGACAAUUGUCCCCUGGAGUUAUACAACUUAAUGCGCCUGUGUUGGAGCAGGCUGCCCUCGGACCGACCCAGUUUUGCCAGUAUUCAUCGGAUCCUAGAACGCAUGUGUCAGCGAGCUGAGGGCAUGAUGGGUGUCUGAGACCUAAGAACCUGCA